UGUACUACAGCUGUUGUUGGCGGUUGUUGCGUUAAAAAAACCCGCAUCAGGAACAACCGGAAGAUUCAAUUAAAACAUUCCUGAUUGUCUGCAUUCCAUCGACAGCGAUGUAAACCGAAUUUCGUGGGUUUCGCGUGCGAAGUUUGCGUCUCACGAUGAGAAUUCGUUGGUUCACGCGGACGUCCCGCAUCAUUGCGCUAUGUGCGGCGGCGAACUUUAUCAACUCCGCGGACAGGGUGAUCAUGCCCAUCGCCAUCGUGCCGAUGACGGAUGUCUUCCACUGGACGCUGCACGCCCAAGGAUGGAUCCUGUCGGCGUUCGCGUUUGGCUACUUUACGAGUCAAAUCAUCGGCUCGCUGUUUCUGCCCUGUGUGGGGGUGAAGAAUAUGCUCAUCAGUAGUGUAUUACUAUGGUCUACAGCAACAUUUUUAACUCCCCUACUUGCAUCGAGUUUGACUGCGCUGGUUGUAUGCCGGAUUGUGUUGGGAUUCGCGGAGGGUCUUGGGUUGCCUACCAUAUUUCAUCUUUUUGCGCAUAGUAUCCCCGUCGAGGGUAGAUCACGCGCGUUUGGAUACUUGAUUGCUGCAGGGAGUGUUGGACAGACUGUUGCAUCAGUUUUUUGUCCGCAUUUGCAAUGGGAGUCAUCGUUUUACUUCUUCGGAGCGCUGGGUUUCAUUUGGCUGUGUCUCUGGUUGACUAUGUAUCCGGAAAGACCGCUUGGGGACGUGGAUGAAACUAUGCCCCUGCAUGGUAAAUCUCCACCUGUAAAAAGCAGCAAACUACCAAGCAGGACGCUGAUUUACGAGCUGCUUUCAAAGCGGCCAUUGUGGGCGUUGUACGUUGCGCACUUUGCGAUGAAUUGGGGUUCUUACAUCGUCAUGCAAUGGUUGCCUACAUAUCUCAGCCGAACGCUAGGCGCAGACGCGCAUUGUCUCAGCCUGACUGCAGUUCCCUACAUUGUCAACUCAAUCUGCGGUGUCAUCAGCGGCCAUCUUGCUGAUUCUCUGUUAUUAAACAAGAGCUGGAGUGUAUUGAAUGUACGCCGACUUAUGACUUGCAUUGGUUUGGUUGGCCCAGCGUUGUUCUUGGCGAUUUUCUGCGUGGUGGAUGAACGCUUCCUCGCCAUAGUACUGGUUUCCGUUUCGAUGGGCCUCAGCGCGUCGAACUCUGCCGGACAUUUGAGUAACCACGUCGACGUGGCUCCGAAUCACUCAGGAACCACGUUUGCGAUUAGUAAUACUCUCGCUACCAUUCCGGGCAUGCUGUGCGGCCCUCUGACGGCGCAUAUGGUAACCACAGGCGGCGGAGGUUGGGUACCAGUGUUCCUACUGUCAACGGCGAUUAACCUCUUCGGCGCCAUGUUUUAUUUCGGCAAUAGUGCCGCCACCCAGGUCAUUUAAGUUCCUUAUACGUAUUGUGAAGGAAACACCCUGUAUAUAUUGUAGAAUAUUCCUAUAUAUAUAAGAUUAUCUGUAUUAGAA